UCUAUCGGUACAUUACAAAUUCACAACAUCAUAUCAUCUUGUUCCUUCCUUGGCAGAAUGCCAGAAUCAACGACAGCAUCGAUCCAAUCACUUGACGACAGUUGCUGCACAUAAUUAUAGUAGCUCGUAAGCAGUGUCAUUGACAUCAUACCUCAGUGUGGACAAUAUCGGAAGCGAAAGAUUAAAUUCAUUAUGUUGCAUCGAGGCGGAGGAACUAGUCGUGGAAAGGCAAAAAAGGAGGAUGGGAAAGGAGUCAUCCCCUGUCCUGUGCAGAAGGAGGAGGAGGAGGAGCAGGAAAAUGCAGAGCAUGAGCGAGAGAUUUUGUCCGCGGUGAGGACCAUCCUCGAUCGUGCGGAAUUGCUUGACGUUACGUUUGUCUGCGAAGAUGGGCAAGAGGUGCGCGCAAGUCGAACGUUAUUGGCGAGUGCGAGCGAGUACUUCUCGAAGUUGCUGUACGGGGAUAUGAAGGAGAGAUCAAUGGACAGGAUUCCUUUUCCUACGGCAAAGGCAGGCGGUCUGCAGAUUGUGAUCAGCUACGUACACGGUCAUCCGUUUACUAGGUGGAACACUGACAGCUCCGCCUGCUGCUGGGAUGACCUGGUUGAAGCACACUGCUUGGCAGCUCAGUAUCAGGUCGAUCACUUGUCUCAGAGAAUCUCACGAUUGGUGCGAAGAGUCGGUAAUGCAAGCGAACUCGGCGAGGUGUUAAACGCGGCGAUCCCGAGAGGAGCAGAGGAAGUGCAGAAGGCUGCCGUGAAGGUCAUGAACCGAGUUUUUUGGGGGCCCUUUGACUCUAGUUCAUUCCGGGGAUGGAGCAAGGAAAGCAUCAUCUGCUGCUUGGAAAUUGUGACGUUCUUUCCGAAUGUAACUGAGACGAUGGUCGCAGAGCUGGUUCUCUCCGCAGCGACCCCUGGCAGCAACCACCACAGUGGCUAUCAUAAUCAUGUUGUUAUUGAGCAAGAGAAUGGCCGCAUUGCUACGUUAAACACUAGUGAUGAUAUGCUUGUGGCUGAUCCCGCUGUGGACACGUCGAGGGGCACCAUGAUUGCGUCCGACGCGCAACGUGACUUGCCAAUGGGAUAUGCCACUGAGGAGGCAGGACGCUCACCGGGGCUGUCCCUCGCUGUUCCAGAGGCAGGAUGCUCGUCCUUGUCGAGGGACGACUUGGCGGAAAUAUUGCAGUGUCAUGUUAACCUUGCGUUCGUCGAUCCUUCCUUUGUGAAGGAGAAGAUCGAACCUCUGAAAAUCUUACGGCCAGAGGUACUCGCCGCCGUCUACGGAGUGCAGGCCAUCUUCUUCUCAAGAGGCUUGUCAACGAAAUCUGUUCUUGCGAUACCCUGGCACUCUCUAAGUCCGAGGGUGUCGUUUGCGCCUGUUAAGCCAGGUGGGGAGGGCGUCCAUAGAAAUUACAUCGAGGUCGCAAUUCCAACGGUCUGGACCUGGUCCGAAUCGGAUUCCAGUCAUUUCAAGGUUGUUAAGGGCCUACCCCAGCAUGUGCAAUGCACCUGCCAAGGGGAUUGGAAAAUUGCGACGAUGAAAGUGCCGCUUCUUAGCGGAAAGCACAUAUGGAUGGUCCGAUCGCCGGAGUUCUGUGAGGGCUUGGGUGUUGGUGUCGUCACUUCGACAGCCCUUCCGAUGAGAUUUUUCUGUUGCCCGGGAGAAAAAACAUAUUAUUCUCACAAUUUUGUCGUGCGCUCAUCUGAACGAACCAGGACUCUGAGGCCAUUGAUGCAGAAAUUUCUUUCAGUGUCUGGGAUCGAGACGUUUGGAACGUGUCAUGGUGGUGCAGCUGUGUUUGUUAUACUGGACAUGGACAAGCGAUCACUGACGUUUGCUGCGAAGCUGGAGCUCUACCAUAGCCAUAAAGGGGAGUAUCCCGAGCUCUUUCGAGACCUUCCCUCUGGUACUCCACUGCAUCCAGCCGUGCUGAUGACCAAGCCCGGUUCUGCAGAGAUAGAAUGGAUUCAAAGUUCCCUCGGCCCACGCUUUGUGCAUCCAAACUGAGGUCACCGUGAAGUUUCGGGACUUGGAACUAGAUGUCCACCACAUCAUCUCUAUGACAUUGUGCCUUUUUGAGCUGAUUUAAUUUAGCACACCGCGCACAAACUUACUCGCACUGUGUCUCAGUCACCCCACUGGCAGGAGGAAUAGAACUGACUAUAAUCGACUAUAAUGGUCUAUAAUGGACUAUUAUAAUGGAUACUUCCUUAGAGGCACCAAGGCCUUGAAGCAGCUAUAGUGAGUUCCAUUUCUCCAGGGUUGACUGCGAGACAGUGCGAGUAAAUUUGUGUGUGCAGUGCGCGCAUCUGCAUCUACAUUUUGCUCGGCAUAUAGUCUCAACAAACCCAUAACAUUCUA